GAAAGCAAAAAAUUUACUGUGCAAAAUGCGAUAAAAAAUGUUCCGGCGAGGUGCUACGCGUAGCCGAUAAGCAUUUUCACAAAGCUUGCUUUCAAUGUUGUCAAUGCAAAAAGUCGCUCGCCACUGGCGGAUUCUUUACCAAAGAUGGCGUUUACUACUGCAUUCCCGACUAUCAGCGUCUGUACGGCACGAAGUGUGCCGCUUGCCAGCAAUAUGUCGAGGGCGAGGUGGUUUCCACGAUGGGAAAGACGUAUCACCAAAAGUGUUUCACGUGCUCUAAAUGUAGCAAUCCAUUUAAAUCUGGCAGCAAGGUAACGAAUACCGGCAAAGAAGUGUUAUGUGAGAAUUGUAUUCCAGCUGCUGCUUCAUCGCCCAUCCGACAACAGGCGAAUGCUGCCGAAGGGUCACGCAAGGAAGGCACGGUUUCACCAGUUCCAAAAGCUGAGAGUCCAACACGUGCCACGGCACAUCAGCAGAUGACUAGUGGUGUGGUGUCGGACAAGGCGCAUUUGAAGGAGGACUAUGACCCGAACGAUUGUGCUGGUUGCGGUGAAUUGUUGAAAGAAGGGCAAGCAUUAGUUGCGCUAGAUCGACAGUGGCACGUUUGGUGUUUCCGGUGUAAAGCUUGCAACGCCGUGUUAAACGGCGAGUAUAUGGGCAAGGAUGGUGUGCCCUAUUGUGAGAAGUGCUACCAAAAAUCGUUUGGUGUCAAAUGUGCUUAUUGCAAUCGCUUUAUUAGCGGAAAAGUGCUACAAGCAGGUGACAACCAUCAUUUCCAUCCGACCUGUGCACGCUGCACAAAAUGCGGCGAUCCAUUUGGCGAUGGCGAAGAAAUGUACCUACAAGGCAGCGCCAUUUGGCAUCCACGCUGUGGCCCUGGGCCUUCGGAGUCCGGUGUUAUCUUAAACGGUGGCGGACCACCAGUCGGAAAUGGUGCCUUUACGGAUACCGAAUGCGAUCGCAUUAGCUCGAGUGCGCUGAGUGACAUGUACACGCGCUCCAGAACGCCGAGUUUUAAUGGUUCACUUUAUUCCUCUAGCCGCAAGGUUUGUUUUUCUUUAAUUUUAUUUGGUUUUUACUUUGGUUUGUAUAUAAUUAAGCAAUUAUUAUUCAGUUUAAGAGUAUUGCUUUGUGAUUUUGAAUGUAAUUUGUGUAUAUCGAAAGCGCAAACACGCCUACAACGUGAGGCUGAAGAGCUGGAAAAAUUGAAUUCAGGUAUUGGUUCAGCUAUUGCUAAAGAUUUAAAGGAACACGCAAAAUAUAGGAAAUGGAAACAGCAAAAUUUAGACCCGAGAAAUGCAUCACGUACACCAUCGGCAGCUAAAGAGCCCAUACUCAAGUUAAGAUACGAAUCACCUAUUGGUGCUUCACCAUCGCGCAACUUAGAUCAUCAGAAGCCUUUCUAUGAAGACGAAAUCUUUGAUCGGUCAACAAGUUACAGGGGUUCGUUAGGCAAAUCGCUUGGUAAUGCGCCCAGCUACAACGCGAUACAUUCCUACCGAUCUCCGCCUAGACCAGGAUAUGGAUUGAAAACAACAACAUUGCCACCAUCAAUACGCAAUGGCUAUAGCUCCGACUUUUCAUAUGGAGGUUUUGUGGAUAAAACUCAUAGUACAGACUUAAGUUGUGGGAAAUCAGAAGCUUCAGUUGAUUCCAUUACUGAUGGUGAUAGACGUGCUUUAAUGGGUGGCGAGCUUCCCGCUUCUAGCACAUAUUCGGGUGUUUUGUCCUACCAUUAUCCGCAAGCUGGUUUAAUACGUCGCAGUCUACCCAAUAUGGCACACUCUUUGCUCGUUCAUGAGCCGGCUAAAAUUUAUCCUUAUCAUUUAUUAGUCAUCACAAACUAUCGUCUACCAACAGAUGUUGAUCGCUGCAACUUAGAGCGUCAUUUAUCGGAUGUAGAAUUCGAGCAUGUUUUGCAAAGCUCUCGAUCCGAGUUCUACCGAUUACCCCAAUGGAGACGAAACGAACUGAAACGCCGAGCAAAGCUGUUCUAAGCGAAAACACAAACGAUGGAUUAUUGGCUGAAUGUUAGGACUGUCUAAAUACACACAAGCACCUGCGAUUGUUCGUAGCUAAGAGGAAAAUUUAAAAAAUAUGUAUACAAUAUAUCGUAAUUACAAACGAUUAUUCAAAUUAAAUAGGCUCAUCGGCUCAUCGUGUACACUUGCUUUAUCGUAGCAAAGCAAAAUGAAAAGAGUCAACGUCAAUAGCUUCGUCGCUAUUCACGUCUGCUACACUCACAAGCGACAAAACUAAACAUAGAAACUUAAUGCUGCAAACGAAAAAAAACACGCUCCAGACAGACCGCCCCUUUGUAACCAAAUCGAUUACCAACUAUCUUCUAAUAGUAAAUAAGAUUAAGUGGAAUUGCCUGAAUGCAAAUAUUGACCGAUUUAAAAAAAAAAAACAAACAAAUCU